AUGACCUGGAUCUUGGCGUCCACGCUAGUCCACCAGGUCAGGCCCCCCGAUCUUAGCCGUGCCAGGUUUCGCAGGUUCGGGAAGCUGAGCCGCGCGUACUCCCCACGGAGCUUGAAUUCUGAAUUGGCAGUUUUCGAGGGAGCAAGCAGCGAAGGACCCGAACAAUUAUUUCAAUUUGAGAUGGCGGAACGAGAGAGUUUGAUGGAGAUGGCGGCAGCGGAGGCGGGAGCCGAGGGAGGAGCUGCCGAGCUGGACGAUAUGAAGAAGAGGCUGAAGGAGAUGGAGGAUGAAGCCGCCGCUCUCCGCAAAAUGCAGGCGAAAGUCGAGCAGGAGAUGGGCUCCGUUCAAGGAGAUCUGCAUCUAACCAGGCAAAUAGAAAAGAAGUGGAUUCCCGAUCAAUUUUUGUCGGCAAUGUGGAGUAUGGACAGCCCAAGGGAUAUGCAUAUGUUGAAUUUGUUAUGCCUCCAUCUACUAACAAACUUGGUGAUGAGGUCAGUGAGGUUGAUGAUCUUGAUUCUACCGAAAGAGGGUCUGCCGGAUUUGGAUCCACCG